UUCUUGGCCCUUUAUUAACCAAAAUUCCUGUGUGGUCUUCCAGGCACGGCCAGGACCCUAUGACCUGCUGACCCUUCCAGCCCAAAAUGAUGGAGCCCAAUGGCUCCUCCCGCGUGGAUUCUGAGUUCCGAUACACUCUCUUCCCGAUUGUUUAUAGCAUCAUCUUUGUUCUUGGGGUCAUCUCCAAUGGCUACGUGCUGUGGGUCUUUGCCCGCCUGUAUCCUUCUAAGAAACUCAAUGAGAUAAAGAUCUUCAUGGUGAACCUCACCAUGGCCGACCUGCUCUUCUUGGUCUCUCUGCCUCUGUGGAUCAUCUACUACUACAACCAGGGCAACUGGAUUCUCCCCAAAUUCCUGUGCAACCUGGCUGGCUGCCUCUUCUUCAUCAACACCUACUGCUCUGUGGCCUUCCUGGGCGUCAUCACUUACAACCGCUUCCAGGCAGUAACUCGGCCCAUCAAGACUGCUCAGGCCACCACCCGAAAGCGUGGCAUCUGUUUGUCCCUGGUCAUCUGGGUGGCCAUCGUGGCCGCGGCAUCCUACUUCCUCAUCCUGGACUCCACUAACACAGAGGCCGUCGAGGCUGGCUCAGGCAACAUCACCCGCUGCUUUGAGCAUUACGAGAAGGGCAGCGUGCCGGUCCUCGUCAUCCAUAUCUUCAUCGUGUUCAGCUUCUUCCUUGUCUUCCUCAUCAUCCUCUUCUGCAACCUGGUCAUCAUCCGCACGCUGCUCAGGCAGCCGGUGCAGCAGCCGCGCAACGCCGAAGUCAAGCGCCGGGCGCUGUGGAUGGUCUGCACGGUCCUGGCGGUGUUCAGCAUCUGCUUUGUGCCCCACCACAUGGUGCAGCUGCCCUGGACCCUGGCCGAGUUGGGCUACCAGAACAGCGACUUCCACCAGGCCAUUAACGACGCGCAUCAGGUCACCCUCUGCCUCCUCAGCACCAACUGUGUCCUAGACCCCAUCAUCUACUGUUUCCUCACCAAGAAGUUCCGCAAGCACCUCACGGAGAAGUUCUACAGCAUGCGCAGCAGCCGGAAAUGCUCCCGGGCCACCACGGAGACAGGCACCGAGGUGGUUGUACCACUCAGCCAGGUCCCUGUCAAUUCCCUCAAGAAUUAGUCCCUGCUUGUUGGGCCCAGGCCCAAAGUCUUUUCUUUCAUGGACAACACGGACUGAGCUGGGGGAAGAAGGGAUAUCUGCUGUGGUCUGGGCACCUCCUCCCUGGGCACUGGUGGCCCAUUAGGUAUAAGGGCUACCUCCCCCAGGGAGGGAUGAUGGCAGAGCUGACUGCUGGAAAAUCCAGAACUUGAAUGAGCCCCUUCAUCCAUCUUUGGGAACAUAUUAUAGUAACCUUGGCUGGCGACAUUAUCCUGAGUCUUACAGAACUGGGAGGAAUGUCAGGGCCAGGUGCAGACCUCAGGGGCAGACUUUGAGCCACCUAGUUCACCCCACUGGGGCAGCAGCCUAGAGCUUUGAGCAACCACUCCCAAGCGAUAAUGGCAGAGAGGAAUUUUGGGAAAGGGACAGCCCCCACCCCCACUGGCUGUGUGGCACUAUCUUUGGGACAGAAUUUUGCGCUAGGACAGUACCAUCCUCUCUCUACCCUCAGGCAUAAAGUCUUUGUGACACUUCUCAGGGGAAGUGGCUCAGUGGAGCCUUCUCUUGACUCACCCAGCAACCUGUCCUGAAUGGUGACCAGAGGAGACAAAACACGAACAACAGACCAAAACAGGACAGGAGCUUGUUUCUUGAGUCAGAUGCGUUUCUCUGCGCAGGCCUUGCCUCACACCUGGGUCAGCUCUGGGGGAGUGGGAGAGCCACGACCGCCUCAUCUAUCUUUCUGUCUCAACAACAGACCCUGACUAAGUACCUCCUGUGGGCAGCCACCCACUGUGGCUCAGUGACCCUGCAAAGCAAAAUUGGGGCCCUCCAGGCCAGGGCACCUCAGUGUCCAGAGGCUUCCAUGGGAAUAGGCACUUGGGCUGGGAAGUGCCUGAGGCCUCUGGGGGGAAGGAGCCAGUCAGUUCUCCUCCCCCUCCUUGUUCUCUCAGGCUCCUCCUAACCUGGCUUCCAGGAGUCACAGUCCCAAGGGCCAGCAGGUGUCAGCUUUUUUUGAGGAUCAUGAGUUUUGGCAAAUGUCUCCAACUGGGCCUCCUCUCCUGUCCCGAGACAGGAAUGUGAGCCUGCAAUGUGAACCUCACAGGGGCUCAGAGACUUCCUGGUUUCCAGAGCUCUGUGCUCCUUCUGAGAAAUCUGCCCUCCCUCCAGGCAGAGUCCCCGUGAAGUUAGGAUACUACCUGCCUGUCUCCUGGGCAAGCGCUGGAUUGCUGAUUUUGAUGAAUGCCUCCCACUGGGCCAGUAACCUGCUUGGGUCUGGGAUGGUGGCUGUGGGCUGGACUUGGCUGAUGGUGACCAGGUGGCUAGCGCAGCAUACUUGAGCCUUGGUGUCACACAGACCCAGGUUCAAGCCUUGGCUUUAUCAUUUCUUGCCAAUGGAGCUGAAUUUCCUACCUCUUAGAAUUCUUACCCAUGAGGUAAAACCUACCUCACAGGAUCCUGUGAGAGUCCCUUGCCAGGAUACGGUCUCUUACUCUGCUUGCGCUGAUUUGAGUGGGUGUCUAUCACUUACAACCGAAAGAGCUCUGAAUGAGGUAAAUGCUGUAUGCUGAUGGACAGUGUCUUCUGAAUUUCUGUCAUCUCGGUACCCUCCUCGCAACCUUUGCAA